GCAUGCAUCCCAGGAUUCAGAAACUUAGGAAAGGAAUAUAUUAUAAAAAAUACUUAUUAUAAAACAAAUUGAGGAAAUAUAUGGCUCUAGCUAUGGCUUCAGUGAAUGGCUUUAGCGGCUCUUCUCAAGGCGUUCUGGAAGGCAGCCUCCAGCUCAGUGGCUCAGGCCGCUUGAGCAUACCCAAAACCAAUAGAAUUCCCUUGGCUAGAACAGGCUUCAAGGUUCGAGCCCAGCAGGCGCAGAUCUCAGCUCCAACUGAGACAAGUCGCCGAGCAAUGCUGGGGCUUCUUGCUGCCGGGUUUGCCUCCGGCUCAUUUGUCGACAAGAUGGUUCUAGCCGAAACCAAGAGCUUCAAAACCGUUAAAAUCGCUGGAAUCGCGGGUUCCAUCAGUCAAACUGCCACAUCCAAGGGCCUCAUCCGUGCCGCAAUUCAACUUGCAAAGACAAUUCCUGGACUGGAAGUGGAGUACAUAGACAUAGACAACUUACCGAUGUUCAACCUCGAUCUUGUGAAUGGUGAUAGUUACCCAGAAGAAGUCGAGAUUUUCUUCGACAAGCUUCGUGGAAAAGACGGCAUACUCUUCGCUUCACCCGAGUACAAUUACUCUUUCACCGCUCCUCUGAAAAAUGCAAUAGAUUGGGCAUCUAUGGAAGCAGACACUCUGAAAGAUAAAACAGCUGCAAUCGUGAGCACAGGAUGGGAAAUUGGUGGGGCCCGAUCACAGUACCAACUCCGACAGGUGGGGAUCAGACCUGAUAUUUACUUCAUCAACAAGCCGGAACUGUUCAUCACCGUGGGUUCGGGCUCAAUAUUUGAGGACAACGGCACGCUCAAAGAUAAGGAUAUCGAGAGGAAGUAUAAAGAACUUCUUAUAUCCUUAAAAGACUUUACGAUCCGAUUGAGGCCGUGUAGAGAGCCCAGAGCCAGCACCAACAUUGCCAGUUGAUCAUCUCAUCACAACCCUUCGUCUUCUUUCUGGAUCUUGAAGCAUUCAGAGCUGUGGUCUGAAACUACUACGUAAAUGCACUCUUCUUCAUCAUGUUAUGAUUGUACUAAAUAAAGUUUGGCAGUUGCCGUUGGUAAGAACAGUAAUUAUACGAUGGCUCGUAAGGAAUAAAGAGGACAUGCAUGUCUCUAAAUUAUGAAAA